CUCUCCUUCUGCCUGUGCCCGCGUGGCCGCGUCUGUACCUGUACGGCCACCACCAUUUCCAUCUCCGAUCCCCGCGACCCCCCACCCAGCCCCAGGCGCCCGGGCUAGAUCCGGCCCACGCGUCUACUCGCCCCCUCCGGCUCCCCUUCUCCCUAAUCGCCGUCGCCGGGGGUGCAGGCACAGCGGCUGCUUCCGCUCCCGCUCCCGAGGGGGGAGGCGGCAGGCAAUGGCGCGGCGGGUGCGGCCGUCGCACCUGGUGCUGGCGCUGGCGGCAGCCUACCUCCUCCUCAUCUCCCUCAAGUUCCGCCGCGUGCUGGACCUGGCCGCCACCGACCUCGCGGACGACCCUGCCGCCGCCGCCGCCGCCGCCUUCUCUUCUCCGUCCUCCGCCGACCACCUGCCCCCGCCCGGGUCCGCUUCCGCCACCUCCUCCUCCUCCUCGCCCCCGUUCCCGGUCCGCCCCUUCUGGCACCGCUACGACCGUGUGUCCCUCCCCGACCUCGCGUCCCGCAACCGCUCCGCGCUCGACCGCAUGGCCGACGACGCCUGGGCGCUCGGCCUCACCGCCUGGGAGGACGCCGCCGCCUUCGCAGGGGACCCCUGGGCGCUGCUCGCCGCCGCCACCUCCCGCGCCUCCGACGCCGCCAAGUGCCCCUCCGCGGUCUCCCAGCGCGCGCGGGGCCGGGUCGUCUUCCUCCCCUGCGGCCUCGCCGCGGGCUCGUCCAUCACCGUCGUCGGCACGCCGCGCGCCUCGCACAGGGAGUACGUGCCGCAGCUCGCGCGGAUGCGCCAGGGGGACGGCACCGUCAUGGUGUCCCAGUUCAUGGUCGAGCUCCAGGGCCUGCGCGCCGUCGACGGCGAGGACCCGCCCAGGAUACUCCACCUCAACCCCAGGCUCAGGGGGGAUUGGAGCCAGCACCCUAUCCUCGAGCACAACACCUGCUACAGGAUGCAGUGGGGCGCCGCGCAGCGCUGUGACGGCACACCACCCGACGACAAUGACGACAAAGUCGAUGGAUUCCCCAAAUGUGAGAAGUGGAUACGCAAUGACAUUGUUGACACCAAGGAGUCCAAGACGACAUCAUGGUUGAAGAGAUUCAUCGGGCGUGCGAAGAAGCCUGCAAUGACAUGGCCAUUCCCCUUUGUAGAGGAGAGGCUAUUUGUUCUGACUAUACAAGCUGGAGUUGAAGGUUUCCACAUUUAUGUUGGUGGUCGACAUGUGACAUCUUUUCCUUAUCGGCCGGGGUUCACUCUUGAAGAUGCAACAGGGUUAUUUGUCAAGGGUGAUGUAGAUAUACAUUCAGUUUAUGCCACUGCACUUCCUUCGUCGCAUCCUAGUUUUUCUCUUCAACAAGUCCUUGAGAUGUCAGAAAAGUGGAGGUCUCGGCCACUACCAAAAGGCCCCGUUUCCCUUUUCAUUGGAAUACUGUCUGCAUCAAAUCAUUUCGCUGAGCGCAUGGCUGUGAGGAAAACAUGGAUGCAGGCUCCAGAAAUAAAGUCUUCUGAAGCCGUGGCUCGAUUCUUUGUUGCACUGAAUUCAAGGAAAGAGGUCAAUGUAAUGUUGAAGAAAGAAGCAGAAUACUUUGGAGACAUUGUCAUUUUGCCAUUUAUAGACCGCUAUGAGCUGGUUGUUCUUAAGACAAUUGCUAUCUGUGAGUAUGGGGUCCAGAACUUGACUGCUGCAAACAUCAUGAAAUGUGACGAUGAUACAUUUGUGAGAGUAGAUGUAGUUCUGAGACGCAUCAAGUUGAACAAUGGUGACAAACCAUUAUAUAUGGGGAACCUUAACCUCCUGCACAGACCAUUGAGGACUGGAAAAUGGGCAGUUACAGACGAGGAGUGGCCUGAGGAUAUCUACCCGCCAUAUGCAAACGGACCAGGCUAUGUGAUUUCUGGUGACAUAGCAAAAUUCAUCGUGUCACAGCAUGCCAAUCAGAGUUUAAGACUGUUUAAGAUGGAAGAUGUAAGCAUGGGCCUAUGGGUCGAGAAGUUCAAUUCAACAAAUCCUGUCCAAUAUUCCCACAGCUGGAAGUUCUGCCAGUACGGUUGCCUGGAGAACUACUACACGGCCCACUAUCAGUCACCCAGGCAGAUGCUGUGCUUGUGGGAUAAGUUGGUUCGUGGUCAGGCAUCCUGCUGUAACUACAGAUAGCAGAGUGAAGCUAAGGAUUGCUGGACGCUGUCCUCUCUUCAUCAUACCCCAGCCAGGUUUAGGUCGGUUGGCUGGUAUUUUCUUUUUCGACACAAUCGUAGUGUAGUAGGUGUUGUUGCUCCUCCGUCGCUGGCUCAAAUAUGAGCUAAAUGCAUGGGUGUGCGGUAGGAGAUUGAAGAUUUAGGAAGCCCCAACCAGUUGGUUAUUGUUUUUUACACGAUCUGUAUUGGUCCAAUUGUGGCGUUGGCGUCCUUGUUCUUGUAAUUGAUCCAAUUUUGAUGUAGUAGGCCAGAUUAGAGGGAAUAUUCCAGAUCAGAUGUACGUCUCCGUUCUUUUCUUAUAGUAAUAACUAGACACAAUUUGCCCUGA